GGAAAAGUGUAAACAAACCACCUGUGCUUUUUGCAGCUUUUUGUCUCGUUCUUCAUGAGCUUUCUUAGUUUUCCUCUCUAUCCACCGAAAAUCGUGUGUGCUGAAAGUUCAAACAAAUUUUCAGUCUUUAUUCCUCUUAUCAAAGCCAAUAAUAACUACUUGAAGUGUGUUGAAUUUCGAUACUAUCCUCACUCUUUUUAUCACCCAAUCUUUAAGAAGCCUUGAAUCGAGAUAAGAUGGAGAAAACAUUCACCGUCAAAUCUGUCGAUGAAAUCAAACCCAUUUUUCGAGACAAUGAUAACACCAAGAAUAUCUUCCUGAUGUCCAGCAUUCCGUUUUGUUGCAAAACCGAACCAUGCAUCUUAGGCAUCGAUGAAGCUGGAAGAGGGCCCGUUCUGGGUCCCAUGAAUUAUGGAAUCUGUUUCUGCCCUAAAAGCAAAGAGGAAGUCUUGAAAACACUUGGUUGUGCUGAUUCUAAAAGUCUCACAGAUGAAAAGCGGCAGGUUAUUCUUGGAAAAAUGUGUGAAGAAACAGAAACUCUCGGUUGGAUGGUGGAAGCCAUUUCCCCUAAUAAUAUCUGUCGAAACAUGUUCCGAAGACAAAAGUAUUCCUUAAAUCAAGUGUCUCACGACUCGGCUAUUGGUUUGAUCAAAAAAGCACAAGCAAAUGGUGUAAAUGUGUGUGAAGUCUUUGUCGACACUGUUGGUCCACCGGAAAAGUAUCAGGAAAAAUUAUCCUGGUUAUUUCCAGAGCUAAAAAUAACGGUAUCGAAAAAAGCUGAUUCGCUCUAUCCAAUUGUCAGUGCAGCCAGUAUAGCUGCUAAGGUCACUAGAGAUUUUGCCAUUGAAGUUUGGAAUUUCACAGAAGAACUAUCAUCAGAAAAAAAGUACGGCAGUGGAUAUCCAAAUGAUCCUGAAACAAAAAAAUUUCUACAGACAAACAUUGACCCAGUUUUUGGCUUUCCUAAACUAGUUCGGUUCAGCUGGUCCACAGCAGAAAAAAUUCUAGUUUCCAGUGCAGUCCCAGUUCAAUGGGAAGAGGAAGAGGACGAGGCGAGUGGAAAACCGCUGAAGAACAAGUCAAUCACCUCAUUUUUCUCUCCAGGAGCCAAGAAGGCGAAACGAUCCAGACACGCCUUCUUCCAGCAGAGCAAACUAUCAGUAACCGAUUGCUUCAAAAUUUCCUGAGCCUUUUUUAUUUAGCUUUACAUUUUUGUGGUAUUCAUUAUUUGUGACUCUUAAAUUUUACCAUCUAAGACUCAAUGAAAUAUUAUUGAUCACAAAAUAAAUCAAACUGUACAUAUUUUUUAAUAAACAAUGAUAUUUAUGUUUGACAGGUAAUUAGGAACCAAACUGAAAUAGGUUAAGGAAUUCAUAGUUCAUUUUUUAAUUGAACCGUCUACAGUCAGAAAUUGUCUAACACAGUGAGGCAAGCGGUGGGGUUUAGAUAAUUGUAACUUUAGCUUGGCUGUGAUCACUGAGCUAAUAAAUAUUUUAUUGGGUUUGAGCUCUAUCCCGAGAAAAUCAGGAUGGCGAGAACUGCAGUUGUUUGUCAGUAUUGUACGCACUGAUUUACUUUAGUAUCAAUGCUGUGAUUUUUUUUUCAUCCGUUAAAAAUCAAUCUAUUUUUUGUGAUAAUAAAGAUCUUUCUAAAAUCUUA